UAGCUGCGCAGCCAAAGCUGUGAAAUUUGUACAGAACGGCCUCGGCUGUGAAUGACGUCCAUCGCUUCCAACUUCUUUGGGAAGAUGAGCUGGGGUCCUCGAUCCAGACUGCGGGCUGCUUCUUCCGGCAUCUCUGCCCCAUCAGCUGGGCCAGCUGGGCCAGGUGGCCCAUCAGGUGGCCCAUUUGUCACCUUUCGGGUGACUGCGAAGGGCAUGCAAGCCGAUGAGACCCUGUAUAUGGUAGGAGAUCACGAUGAUUUGGGAGCUGGGAAUCCGCUGCUGGGCAAGAGGCUUUCCUGCAAGGAUGGCAAAACAUGGACAAUCCGGCGGCCAUUGAAACGAGGAAUGUCAACCUACAGAUUUGUGUCUGUCUCCAAAGGCACUGAAAACGGGGACUCUUAUGUGCGAUGGGAGAAUCAUGACAAUCGCGUGUUCAAGAGGCAUGGCCCAUUGACCACCUGCGUCGAAGUUCUGGAAAUCACAGGCUUCGGUGAAAGGCAGCGUGUGACCCCACCAGUGAUCCAGCCAUGCAAGCAAGAGAUGGAAGAGUCUUUGGGUCCAGAACCUGAGCCUUGCCAGGAGACUGAGACCGCUUCUGCAUCUGAGUGCUCAGGUGUACAAGACUCGCGGUGUCUGGAUGACUUUGCCACGAAGUUUGACCUGAUGACUUGUGAGCCUGAGUGUCUCCGCGGUCAGGAAGAGAAAAUUGAGUCGGUCAAUAACUUGCGACUUUCUAUCGUUGGCCUUGACAGCAAACCCCCGCAAGCAGUGUCUGCAGAUGUCAAUCUACCAGCGCAACAGUGGCUGGGGGAUUGCAUCUCUUCAGAGAGACAGCAUGUGUUGGAGGAUCAAUCUUGUGGUUUGUGCCAGAAAGCCGAAGUCGCUGAAGCACUCCUGUCUACGGGCGCCGGAAAGUUUGAGACACUUGAGACAGCUGAGCCAAAUGCUGCUCUUCCAGCCAAGUUGGCCGAGAGGAUGGCAAAACUGGAGACAGCUACUGAACUUCAAGCAAACUUACUGGAGAGGAUCACAAAGCUGGAGACAGAUGCCGCUCUACCAGAAAAAUUGCUCAAGAGGAUCGCAAAGCUGGAGACAGAUGCUGAACUUCAAGCAGAGUUAGUGUCCGAACUGCAGGCCAAAGCAAGACACGUCGACUCCAAGAUUGAUUCCACAAAAGAGAAUCUUUCGCAAAUGGCGGGGAGUCAGUACCUGAAAGAUUGCAGAAUGUCCCGGAAACAACAGGAAUUGGAGAGUAUUGCAACUUGCGUGCAGAAUAAGCUAAACCACAUCACAACUUUGAUCUCUGACUUUGAAGCCAGGUUUGAGAAGGUGGACAGUGCGAUAGCUUCUCAUCAGGAUCACCUUGCUACUUUGAGCUCUGACUCUGACAAAUGGUUCAAGGAGGUGAAAAGUGUGAUGGCUUCUGACAAGAACGAACUUACUACUCUGAUCUCUCACUUUGACAAAAGAUUAAAGGAGGUGGAGAGUGACAUGGAGUCUCACAAGAGCGACCUCGCUACUAUAACCUCUGGCACUUGCAAAGGGUUUGACAAGGUGGAACAUGUCAUUGCCUCGCACAAGAAUGAGCUUGUGACCAGGUUGGAGGAGGUGGACGAGAAGGUAGAACGUGUCAUUGCCUCGCAAAAGAAUGAGCUUGCGACCAGGUUGGAGGAGGUGGAGAAUGUGAUGGAGUCUCACAAGAAUGGCCUUGCUACUCUGACCUCUGAGUCUCACACAGGGUUCGAGAAGGUAGAACGUGUCAUUGCCUCGCAAAAGAAUGAGCUUGCGACCAGGUUGGAGGAGGUGGAGAAUGUGAUGGAGUCUCACAAGUUAAGCCUUGCUACUUUGACCUCUGAUUCUCAUACAGGGUUCGAGAAGGUAGAACGUGUCAUUGCCUCGCAAAAGAAUGAGCUUGCGACCAGGUUGGAGGAGGUGGAGAAUGUGAUGGAGUCUCACAAGAAUGGCCUUGCUACUCUGACCUCUGAGUCUCAUACAGGGUUCCAGAAGGUAGAACGUGUCAUUGCCUCGCAAAAGAAUGAACUUGCGACCAGGUUGGAGGAGGUGGAGAAUGUGAUGGAGUCUCACAAGAAUGGCCUUGCUACUCUGACCUCUGAGUCUCACACAGGGUUCCAGAAGGUAGAACGUGUCAUUGCCUCGAAAAAGAAUGAGCUUGCGACCAGGUUGGAGGAGGUGGAGAAUGUGAUGGAGUCUCACAAGAAUGGCCUUGCUACUCUGACCUCUGAGUCUCACACAGGGUUCCAGAAGGUAGAACGUGUCAUUGCCUCGCACAAGAAUGAGCUUGCGACCAGGUUGGAGGAGGUGGAGAGUGUGGCCGCUUCUCAGAAGAGCGAGCUUGCUUCUCAAAAGAAGUCUUUGUUGGGACUGCAACGUCAAAUCAACGAUCUCGACCUGAAGAUCCCUGAGCCGGAUGACUUUCCCCCAAGUCUCGAUUCGGCAGCCCACAAGGAGAUUCAACAAACACAGCAGCAGCUGAAAGACUUGGAAAGUCAAGUGUCUGCUCUCAGCAAAUCUGUGCAGAAAAUGUCUGAGAACAGCACUUCUGCUGCAAAGCUGAAGUUGCCAUCUGCUUUGGAUGCACCGACCUUGCAUCCAACAGAGGUAGAAUUGCAGCCAGAUAGAGCUCCGCCCACAGUUGUGCAAAACGAAGACUUGGACGAAUGGAAUGAUGUUGGCUUGCAACGAGGUGAUUUGGAGGCCAAGGGGAUGAAUGUGGAACAACCUCAAUCCAACACAAGAGCCUGCAGCAAACCAGAUGAUUUGAAGGCCACAGGAAAAUCAGCCUUUUGCGGCUUCCAAGUCCCCCCCAAACCGGAGGAUGAGGCUAUAGCGAAAGUCUGUUUGGAAGUGGAGGAGAAACUACAUGCAGCAGUGAGGCAAAACGACCCCUUGGAUGCCCGGAAGAGUUUGCUGCGGAAGGUCUUGCUGAGGCUUCAUUCUGACAAGACCGGCGCACCGAGCGCAGGAAUGAUGCUAGGCUGUUCGAGGUAUGAGAUUGUGAUGUGUUCCGAGCCAGCCGGUAGCCAGCUAUUCGCCUCCCCCUGCUGUUCCAAUUCUGGCAUGGCCUUUCCAGUGAUCUGGAUUGAGGCCUGGAAGAACACACAUAUCGAAUGGUACUACAACCCUCAUCCAGUUCCUGAGGACCAGCAGAAAUAUAUGCGAAAGUAACGCGUUUGGCAGGAUCCUUGCGUGGCUGUGCGCCAGCUACAUUCCCCGCGAGCAGCGAGCUGCUGUGAUUUGAUUUUGUAUCUGAGAUAUUCUUAGAAGACUUACAGGUUCAGCUGAGAGCUGAGACUUGCAGAAGGAUGACAUUCCUCUGCAGCUCGUGAGUCGCUUGCUGUUGAGGGCCACUUCACAUGCCUUGUGCAGAAAAGACGCAUGUGUUUGAA